AUGGAGCUGCUGAACCUCUCUCACCGCGCCGUGGUGCCUAGCUUCGAUGUCGGCGGAGGAUCCAUUGGUGACCUCCGCAAGGACAAAGUGAGGUUACCAUUUAGAAUUUCUGAUUCAGAGAAAAAUGCUGUUAUGGAGCUUUUACGCUACACGUGCAGCGGGAAGUUGACUACAACUGAUCCCGCUUUUCUGCUCGACAUCCUGAUGGCUGCAGAAAAAUUGAAGGUUCCCACUUGCAUGAGGCAUUGCAGUGAGAUACUCUCAAGCUUGCCUAUGACAACAGAAUCUGCACUGCUCUACAUAGAGCAUCCUUGCUCAAAUUCAUCGGCUCCUGAGGUCCAGCGUGCGAUGGGCGUAGCAAAGGAAUUCCUUGCCAACAAAUACAGGGACCUUACGGCGUUCCAACAUGAAGUGAUGAACAUUUCUCUUGCUGGGAUCGAAGCAAUCUUUUCAAGUAAUGGCAUACGUGUGGAAACUGAAGAUGAGAUAUAUUUCUUCAUGCUCAAGUGGGCCCGUGCGCGAUACUUAGAAUCGGAUGAAAGACGUGAGAUCUUGAGGUCUCGUUUACUUCCGCUGGUACGUUUCAGUCAUAUGACAGCAACAACGCUGCAGGGGAUCCUAACAUGCACUGAUAAUGACAUAGACCACGAGGAUGUUACUAAGCGCGUUACUGACGUACUUCUAUACAAAGGUUACCAAACGGACCUUGCAUAUUACAUUCCAGCAGGCACAGUACCAUGUGUGCAGUUUUGUGGAGAAGGUUGCGAGAUCAAACCUGUGAAAGUGGUUGGGUUUGACGGACCCUACCCGGAGGUUAUUGUUUACUUGGAUCUAACGCGUGAGGAGUGCUCCCGACUCUUCCCGUCUGGAGAUAUCUGCUUGCACCGCUUCCAUCUCGCAGGGUGGGGCUUUUAUCUCAAGGCAAGCUGUGAAGUGGAUGAGCAGGGUAAGUUGCACAGCUUUGGCCUUCGGUUAGGAACCUCUGAGAAUCCGAAGGGGUCAACAUUCCUGGCAGUAGAUUGCGAUUUCGCUGCAAGAACAAAACCACCAGGAAAAUUUGUGAGCAAGCUCGACGAUACGGUUACCUUCACCAUUGAUCGCACGGAGGUAUGCUAUAAUAUUUUUGGAAUUCCAUGGUCGACGUUCAUUGCUGACGACAGCCUCUUCGUCAAGGGAGUGUUGCGUCUGAGUGUUGAUUUGAUGGUGGUGGAGCAGCCUACGUUACAGGCACGGCACUAUCUUACUUAG